CUCGAACUUCUAGUCGCCCCUCCGCGCUAUCCAUCCAUAACGUCUGUCGGGCCGUGGUAUUACCACCCACUAACAACAGGAUGAUCGUGAAAACGCGAAACUCGAAAUUCUUCUUUGACGGCGGCACAGUGAUCCUGAAGAUUAGGCAGGACGCUGCUCCGAUCAAAGAGCCUCAGCUUGCGCAUGAGGAGAUUAUCUACAAGGUCCAUCGGUACUUUUUGGAGCGUGAUUCGGAAAUAUUCCGAACCAUGUUCUCCUGCCCGCCUGUAAACGGCGUCUCGGAGGGCGACUCGGAAGACACAGCGAUUCUCCUGCCAGAGGUUACUCAAGAAGAAAUCGAUACUUUGCUGUCAUUUCUCUAUCACGGCAUGUACGGGUUGGAUUACUCCCUUUCUCAAUGGCGCGCGCUCUUGCUCAUCUCGUCGCGCUACAUGUUCCACGAGAUCCGCGAGCGCGCCAUUCAAGAGUUAGAUGCGCACAAACCUCAGCUCGACCCUGUUGAUCGCAUCGUACUCUCAAAGAAACUCGACAUCAACGACUGGCUCGGACCAGCAUAUGUGGAGCUGUGCACGCGGGAUAAAACACUCUCCUUGAAGGAGGCAAAUGAGUUGGGGUUGGAGACGAGCAUGGUUCUGGUGCAGAUCAGAGACGAUCUGAUGAGAGAUCGAUUCGAUAAUCUCACCUGUCAGCGUUGUAGGGCACAUCGAGGAGGCCGAGUAGACCAGACUUCCAUGGCCCGCGAAUUAGUCAAGAAGAAUUUAGAUAUUGGGGAUGUCUUCGAUUCGUUUGAUUUAUCUUUCUAAAGACCACGGAUUCCACAUGGCGAUUAUACGUCCGUGGGCGCCACGCCUGUGGAAGGUCGUAGCGUACAAAGUUUUGCUCACUCUCCAUCGAGCUUCUGACGCGGCACAUCGCACCGCUCAUCUGCUGCGGACUCUUCAUUGAAAUGCAUACAUGUACGUGAACAUGUACCUCGAGUAAUUGUCAACCCCCCC